AGGCAGGGUCCCUCGUCCAGCCUCAUAGCAGAGUCUGGAUUCUCCCCAACACAGACAGCAGGACGCAGAAGACUGCCUGGGUCUCCAUGAUGCUCAUUCCUGACUCCUGGCCCCAGUCUCCUCCUCCCGUCCUACUACUGACCCUCCUACUGGGACUCACAGGAGCAGCUGAAGAUGAGCUGCAGGUGAUACAGCCAGACAGGGCCGUGUCUGUUGCCGCUGGACAGUCGGCCAUGCUGCGCUGCACUGCGACCUCCCUGCGCCCCCUGGGGCCCAUCCAGUGGUUCAGGGGGAAAGGACCAAGCCGGGAGUUGAUCUGCAAUUUCAAAGAACCAUACCCUCCCCGCGUCACACCAGUUGCAGAUAUCACACGGAGAGAAAACAGGGACUUUUCCAUCCGCAUCCAGAACGUCACCCCAGCAGACGCGGGCACCUACUACUGUGUGAAGUUUGAGAAGAUGCCCUCUGGGGACAGGGAGUUUAAAUCUGGAUCAGGCACUGAGCUGUCUGUGAGUGGAGCAGCUGAAGAUGAGCUGCAGGUGAUACAGCCAGACAGAGCGGUGUCUGUCACCGCUGGACAGUCGGCCAUGCUGCGCUGCACUGCGACCUCCCUGCGCCCCCUGGGGCCCAUCCAGUGGUUCAGGGGGAAAGGACCAAGCUGGGAGUUGAUCUGCAAUUUCAAAGAACCAUACCCUCCCCGCAUCACACCAGUUGCAGAUCCCACACAGAGAGAAAACAGGGACUUUUCCAUCCGCAUCCAGAAUGUCACCCCAGCAGACGCGGGCACCUACUACUGUGUGAAGUUCGAGAAGAUGCCCUCUGGGGACAGGGAGUUUAAAUCUGGAUCAGGCACUGAGCUGUCUGUGCAUACCAGACCUUCGCCUCCCGUGGUUGUGGGCCCUGCAGCCAGGGCCACACCUGGGCAGACAGUGAAUUUCACCUGCAAGUCUCACGGCUUCUCCCCCCGGAACAUCACCCUGAGAUGGUUCAAAAAUGAGAAGUGGCUCUCUGCCUCCCACACCAGCCUGGACCCCAAGGGAGAGAGCGUCUCCUACAGCGUUUCCAGCACAGCCAGGGUGCAGCUGGCCCUCGGGGACGUCCACUCUCAGGUCAUCUGCGAGGUGGCCCACGUCACCUUGCCCGGGGGCCCUCUUCGUGGGACUGCCUACUUGUCUGAUGCCAUCCGAGUGCCACCCACCCUGGAGGUCAGCCAGCAGCCCACCAUGGUAGGAAAGCAGGUGAACGUCACCUGCCUGGCAUUCAACUUCUACCCCUCGAGCCUGCGGCUGAGCUGGAUUGAGAUUGGAAAAGUGUCACUGACAGAAGCGGGCUGGACAACCUCUGAGAACAAGGAUGGGACACACAACCACACGAGCUGGCUACUGGUGAACACCUCUGGGCAAAGGGAGAGUGUGGCACUCACCUGCCAGGCGGAGCAUGAGGGCCAGCCCGCCAUCACUGCCAACCUCACCCUGGAGGAGGAGCAGGCCGGUGACACAGCCCCUGAUGUCAUGUGCUUUAAUCCUGCUGUGCUCUUCACAAUUCUGUUCCUUGGCACCAAGGUGCUGCUGGCAUUUGGAGUCUCUGCCAUCUACAUCCACAGGAAGCAGAUGGUAAGCUGA